AUGCUGAGAAUAUCACAAAACAAGAUGUUUGCAGCUUUGAAGUAUCACUCAACAGACUAUUUAUACGAGAGCAUGGCAAGGCAGAAGUUUUCCAUCUGGAAAUUAUCCCUUUGCUUUCCUCCCUGUUUGCAUCAAGAUGAAAAGUAUCAUCUCAAUGGACUCUUUGCUGAUGAUAAGUAUAGGAAGCCAUGGACUAGAAUUGGUUCAACACAGAACAUGAUGGCUAUUUCAGUAUUGGAUCAAUGGAAGAGAAGUUUACCUGUGGAGGAUUUCCUGGAAAAGAAACCUAUCUCCUCUGUAGAGUUUCAGAGUAGUAAUGAUUUAAUAGAAGUUAUUCCAAGUUCAAAUCCUUGCUCUCAGACUGACACAGAAGAAUCUUUUUUACUUAUGAAGAAUGGUUUUAAGGAAGACUCCACCCAAGACAAAUAUUUGAAGAUCUAUUAUGCCACUGAAUUUAAAGAACCACAACAAGAUUUGUGUCUGGAAGAGGAGUUUGUUUUUAUUGACAAUCUUGAAAGUUUUCGUAAAAAAAUGCCAAAUUUAUCUAUACUUCUGAGCAGACUACAGUUUUUUUUAGUGAAAGAUCCCCUUUUGGAUUCUGAAGGACAGUUUUUAACAGCAGAGAAUAUUUUCAGAGAAUGUUUGACUUUCCAAAAUGGAAUGAAGAUGGAAGAAAGUCAAAAUGAUUUGCAGGGGAUUAAAGAGAGUUUCUGUACUGUAUCUAUAAAAGAUGAAGAGUAUUUCCUGUUGCCUGUUGAUUUAGAAUUGAGCAAACCUAAGAGUGGCAGAUCUGUGACAGUUCCAUCAUACUUGGAACUAAAGGAGGUGUUAAAUUUAGCUCCAGUCACUGUAGAUGAUGAAGACCUUUGCAAACAAGUGAUCAGAGAAGAUCUCAAAGCAGAAAUUACAUGCAAAAUAGAAAUUUCCAAGUACUGUGCCAUUCCACAAGAGAUUUGCUCCAGUAUUAGCACAAGUAUGUUGGAAUUCUGUGAGUCAGCUGAAUACAUUCCAUAUUUGAAAGAUGAAAUGGAAGUGCCUUUAACUCCUCCAUGCAGACAACAAAGAUCAUGGGUUAAUUUUCUGUGCAGAGGACUUCAAGAAGAACCUAUUUCUCUCUCUGGUAACAGUAUUUUGAUUGCAGAGCCCUCUAGGGAAUUCUUAGAAUCUUUGGUAUGGCAAUCAGAGAAGUAUCGGGAUAAUAUGAGCUCUCUUUUGCUUGUCGAGCAUCCAGCUGUUAACCUUGCACAUCAGCAUCAUUCACUGAGAGAGCUGAAGAAAAAACUGCUGCUUGAGGUUGAAGCACCAAUGCUUGGCUCACUAGAGGAGGGCUGGUGGCUUCAUAGAGUUUUAAAUCCAGCAGCUGUAGAAAUUUUGGAACAAUUCAAUAUGGAUGGAAGUAAUGCAAACAGUCUACUUCCAACAGAAGUAGAAACAUUCACACAAUUUACAACAUAUAAAUUAGAAAGAUGGCUUGAGGAGAAGAAUUGUGUGACAAACCAAGAGCUGCUUUCUGCUGAAGGACAUUCAUCAGAGAAAGUAGUUAAUCCUGACUUGUCACUGCAGAUUCAAAGGCAGAACUUUGCUGUGAGUGCUCUGUCACCUGCCAAAAUUCACAGUACAAAUACAUCUGUAGCAGAGCUUACUGGAGGAAGCAUAAGCAAGAUUAAGACAGAAGAGGCAAUUUACUUCUUAAACCAAGAAAAGAAAACCCCCGAACCAUUUGAAUCAGACAGCUGUAAAGAUGUGUCUUCUAAACUAGACAAAUCAUCCUGUAGUGGAAAGCCUGCAUCUCUUGCACUUGCUUCUAAAUGGGCCAACGAUGAUUCUGAUCUGAACAACUUCAUUAUGAUGAGAUCUAAAUAUACAGUCACCCAAAGAGAGGACAAAUAUUAUGUAGAUAGGCCUGAAAAAGGGGUACAGCCUGAAGAUCAGCAUAUCAAUAUUCUCAAAGAGGACAAUUCUUUUUGUGAGACUGUAAAAACGGAGGAAAACACCCAAGAGAAUAAAGACAGUAUCACUAUCAAUAUUCAGCCAUCAGAAAGCCAAUGCCAGGCAUACUGCCUCUUGGAAGAAGCAGCUAUUCCUGUACUAAAAGAUUUGACACACCUGGGUGUACUUGCUUCUGUUACUUGGAGCUUUGACAGUGUUAAAAUUGAUCAUACAAGGUUUUUCUUGAAACAACAAGAGAAAGUGAUAUAUGAUAAUUUUAAACAAGGUAAAGUAGACGAGAAGGAGAUCCUGCUGUUCAGACAUGCUGCUCUGGUGCACGUGCUGGUGACAGUUCGAGAUCUGCUACUAACAUGUGGCUGGGAUACAGCUCUAGGUUAUUUGUCCAAGGCAAAGGAUAUCUACAAAAACAUUUUAGAAUCCUGUUUGAAUAAUAUCUGGAGGCAGCUGAAGAUUGUACAGUACAGUAGCCAGAAAAAGCAUGAAACUCAUCCCAAAAUAACAGCACUUCAGUGUGAAAUGUUAAAUUGGAUGAAAAGUUGUGGAGAGAAACACAGUGUUAAGGUACUAAUCAUUACAAGGAUGGACUCUGAAAGAGAAAAAGAUGCCUUCAUUCAUCCAUUAUCUAGGAUAGAAGGUUUGAAAGCUGUGGAUUUGAAUUCUGAGAAAAAAGGAAGCCCUUUAAGUUGUAAAGAGAUCAUAAGCAAUCUUAGUAGAUAUUCCUGCAUUAUUGUACAUAAUCAGCAAAUUCGAGCUGACUUCCCUUGGACACACUUCUCACUAGUAAUGGAGUAUGAUUAUUCUGAAAAUUCUGGCUGGAAAAAUCUGUGCAAAAAUCUGAAUGUUACUUACAUGACUUUUAAAACGACCUUCCCUGAAACAAGACAAAUGAGGAAUCAUGGUGGUUCCUUUCUUCUGGAAGUACAGAUUCCAUAUGUAUUUCUGACAACUGAAGGUCUUCUUAAUAUGCCAGAUAUUCUUCAGCUUUUUGAAUCCAAGUACAGCAUUACCUUUGUUGAAAGAAGCAGCAGUUACUCCUUAAGGCUCUUUGGAAGUGCAGAUCAAUAUGUUGUGCUGACAGUAGAUGAAUGCACUGCUAUCUUUCUGCAGAGUGUCGAAGAACUAAAUUAUGAGGACUUCUGUGACACUGUAAUAUCAAGGCUGAUGGCAUUAUCACUCCAAUAUAUGUGCUGUUGGAUUAUUUUCUAUUCCAAAGAAAGACUGAGUUUAGAGUACAGUCUCAAGGGAAAUACUCUGCUUAAUCUUGUCUUAAUUUAUGCCACUGUAAUUGAACUUACACAGAAGUCAGAAGACUUUGAAGUGAAGGUAGUUCUUACGCCAGGGAUUGAAGAGACAGCACUGGUAAUUCGUCAGAUUGCUGACAACGUUUUGAUAGCAUCUAAUAUCAGCCCUCAUGAGUGGCUGGACAAAUCCUGGCUUUCUAUCUUACCAUCUGAGCCAGAGAAAUGCCUGCUUACUUUUCCAUGUAUUAAUCCUUUGGUUGCCCAGUUUAUGUUAAAGAAGGGAUUAUCACUGAACAGAUUAUUUCUUGCAAGCUUUGAUCAACUCCAGGAACUACUGCCACAGGCUCCAAAAAAAGUUUUAAAGCAUUUCAGUGACAUGAUAUCUUCAUACAGCCUAAAUGCUGCUGCUCUAGAAAAAACAGUGAAAGGUGCAUCACACCCAGAAAACCAGAAUAAAGUCAACACAUUGUAUCUUGAUAAUAAACAAAAUUGUCAGAUUUUAGAGCUGCUUGAUAAGGCACAAAACAGCACAGGACCAUCUCGUAUGAAUGCUGAAGCCCUAAAUCCUCCACUGAAUUAUCAUAAGGGUUUUUUAAAGUCUGAUCUUCCAAGUUGUAUGCAAAAGAAAGCGUGCUCGUCAGAUGUAAUUACAAGGAGAAAGCUGAAUUUCUUUGCUGUAUCAAAGGACAAUGAAGAUUUUGCUCAUCCAGAAGUUAAAAAUUCUCUCCAUGUUCAAAGACAGCCUUUCAGAAUGCAUAAUAGCUCUGAUCAUUCUUCCAAAGACUCUGAAAAACAGGAUUUCUUUGCAGCUUUCAGUGACUGUGCACCUCAGGAGAGCUCGAAGAGUUUUCUAGAUGAAUUUAGAGACACAACAUUUAAAAGCCCAGAAAUUCAGAUCGACCAGUCCCUGUGGAAUGAUUCUUCAUCCACAGGCCCACAUAAUUCAUUUGCUCACGAUGGUUUUCUAUCUGAUUUCUUUGAUGAUACGAAUGAGCUUCAAAAUCUGAAUUUUAGUCAAAUAGGUGAAACACCUAAAGGAAAGAGGAAAAAAAGGCCUCCAUUCUUAUGGACAAAGGAAAAAAUUAAAACAGAUUCAGGAUUUCCAGAACUGCAGGAGUUCAAAAAAAGGAAAUUGACAUAUGAAAGAGUCCCUGGAAGAAGAGAUGGACAAACACGUCUUAAAUUCUUUUCAGCAAAAUGAAGAUUUGCAUAUUACAUACUUCUUUCUUUUUCCGUUCUUUAAAGGGAAUUAAAUGAAUUAUUGUUAUUAGUUUUUAGAAAGUAAUUAGGAUUUGGAAAUACUUACUAGCUCAGGAUUCUUCUGUAUGUUUUUAAAAUGUUGCUAAACAAACUAGUUUCUUGAAGCUGGAUAAUUAUGGCUUCUCUGUUGUCAUGGGUGAUGUACAGCUACUUUAUCACUCUUUAUAUUAAAAAAAAAAAAAAAAGGAAAAAGAAAUAGAAACACGAGGGUCACUCUGGGUGAGGCACCUGUGUUUGCUGCCUGAGUUCCAAUGGGCUAGAUCUGCCAGAAUCUCAAGGCAUCUCAAGGCUUCUCAGAGUCUUAGAGAUUUCUUGCAAUUACAGCUGUGACUUUUUGCAGCUGUCCCUUGGGCUCUGUUCCACUUCUGUUCUUCUGACAGGUCCUUCAGGAACAAUAAGUUCCUGACCUCCUUUUAAUCAAAAUCAGUCUAGGAAAAAGCUCUUUUUUUUAUGGACAACAUGCUAAUAAGACUGUGUUGAAAUUUAGCAUUCUCAUAGAUUUAAUUCAGGGGACUAAGCUGUGACCCUCACCCUUUGCAUAACCUGCUGGAGGCCAUUUGUUGGCAUCCAUGCUUUCCAGCCUUCUGCAGGGCAUUGGCAAGUGGGGGCAUGAAAGGUAUCUGGGAGGCAGAUCCAGAUAUAGGGUACAACUACAAGGAGUGAAAGAUUGAAUUUUCAAAAAAAAAAUCUAUCUCAGUUGUAAUCUAAAGAACAUGAUAGAAUAGUACCCAAACCCUCACUUUCCAUCAGAAGAUCUGGCAACAAAACUGGAAAUAUGUGUGGGAGCAAUGGUAGACAGUAACUUCAGUCUGCCACAGGAAUGCAUAAAUGGUUUGCACCAGCAUGCCAGCCAGCUCCAGAAUGUCCUUCUCUGUUCAGUGGUGUUCAGCUGAGAUGAUUCAAGUUUCAAACUCACCAAUCUUCUUAAGUUUGAUGCAGUAACAGAAAUGGGGGGGGUGGUGAUGAGGGGGUGAGGUAAUAAAAGAAAACCAACCAAGUUUAAGGUUUAUGUUUGCACUUAAAUACUUACUUGACAUAAAGCCUUCAUUAAGCACAUAUUCGCUAUUUCCGUAAAUGAAGCUAGCACUUAGGGAAGAAAGAUUUGGUCUGUCAGAGAAAACAGAGUGCUGCUUUUUGACUGAAUUCUUAUAAGCUAUGUCUGCACUAACUGCAAUGUUAGUUCACAGUAAUAUUCCUGAAUUAUUUGUACAUUCAUAGUUUGCAGGAUUUGAGAAAAUACCUUUCACAGGUGGUAACAUAAAAAGAUUUCUACUAAAAUUGCAAAAAGCCACUGUUUCCUAGAAUACGAGAAAGACUGAAAUAUAAGUUGCAAUUUGCUUACUAUCCAUGGUCCAUUUUUGUGGUCACCUGACCUAACCCAUUUUCCUUCUUUGCAUCAUGGUUUAUGUUGUUCAGAAGUACCUCCCAAAAAAACAGGAAUCUGGUUUUUUUUGAAGUAUAGCUCUACAAAGCCUCAGUCACAGAUGACCACAGUUUGAGAAAAUUAUAUCUGCCAGUGCCAAGCUGUGUAUUUAUGUUCUCCUCUUCCAAAAGCAAAGGCUGACACCAGAACUUCCACAUGAACAGUUGUUAAAGCAUAGCAUAGAUCAUCUGUAGAUAACUUUGAAAACAAAGAUAUAUUGUGUAUAUUAAAUAAAAAAAUUCAAAUGCUGUCUCUGUUAAGUUUCCAUUAGGUAGAAAAAAUGUCAGUGUACAGUUAAAUUACUGGUAAUGUACUGGAAAAUAAGGGAAAGGGCUUGCAAUGACUAUUGGUUUUUACUGGUUUUGUUUAUGAAAAAUCUCAGUCUCUCAAAAAUAUGGACACAUUGACAGUUUUAUAAAUUAUGACAUUCUUCCCCCUCCUUUUGUCUGUUUGAUGUGGAAUAAAAUUACUGCUGAACUACAAUGAUGCACUUCCCCUCUCCCUCCGCCCCUCUACCCCACCCCUACCUUGCUAAAUUACCUAUUACUAUGAAUUAGAAAGCAACUAAUUCUUAGACAAAAAGGCACAGUACAAAAAUCCAAUCUCCAGUCUUACAGGUAGGGACACUCCAUUCCUGGAACAAGUUUAUAAACAUUUUAGUGACCAGGCAGGAGGCAGCUGUAGAUGGAGAAGAGCUGAUCAGCUGGGAGAGAUGACAGUGAGAAAAGUGGGGCUUUUCUGGCUCCCGUGAGGCACUGAGCAUACAAAUGUGGACAUUCACUCAAUCUUCUUCACCCUGGGUGUCCUGUAAGACCUGCUGCCAUCAGAUGGUAUCGGCACAGCAGAUAGCCUUGCAUAGUCUUUGGUGAAGGAAGCUAAGAUGCUGCACACAGCUGCCCGCCCGCAGUUGCUCCAGCUGCAAGAGACCAGGUGGAGUUGGGCAGGGCAGCCAAGAGACAGCCAUGGCUGACUGGCUGUCUGGCAGUGGUGGCUCUCUGCUCCCUGCUGCACACUGUGAUUUGGCCACUCCUUGUGCCAGCUCAGCAGCCACUUCAAAACCCAAGCUCCAAGUGGCAUUGCCAAGCCUGAUUUCAUAUGCAGCAGAGGUUCUGGGGAGAGAAACAGGUGUGGAGAUGAGGGGAAGUUUUAUUGCAAAAGGGAAAAGAAAUAUGAAGGGCUUGCCUAGGAGGAAGCAGACAGCAGCCAAAUACUGGUUGUCUAAAGGCUUUUGACUCAUCAGUAUCUUUGAUAUUUUGGUCUCAAACCAAGCCUCUGAUGGCCUCUGUGCAACAGUAUCUUGGUUUUCUCUAGACUUCUGUACCUGUGUCCAGUACUAACAGAAAAACUGCCAUACUUAAAUAGCCUGCAGUGAAAGGAAGUCAGAGUGAAGAGAAGCUCUGAAGGAUGUUCUCUGUUUUUAAAGGCACAAUACAUACUGGCAGUAUUACAGCUCUCACGCUGAUGUCUUUCUGCAGGACAGCAACAUGAAAAUAUUUGACAAACCGCCUGGAGGACACUGUUGCCCCAUUUCAGUUAACAUUCAUGAGCAUUAAGUACUUGGAUUGCAGAGUUCUUCCUUACAGCUUCAAAACAUGUGAGCCUUAUAACAUUGUUAGUAUUUACAACUAUGGUAAACAGAUAUGAAUGGGAUUUUUCUACUAAUAAGAUACAGUUUCUAAAACUCCAACAGCAACCAUCUCUUCCCAAAAAAGCAAAGAGCUUGAGGCCUUCACUCCCACUGCAAAAUCCACAUAUCCUUUUCUUUACAGUAGCUGCUCUUUGUUACAAUUACACGAGUUCAAAGCCAAGAGGGAUAGGAAUUUUAUUUCCAAACUUCUAAAAUAUUAAUACAAACAAUAGGAAGUACACAAAAUUAAAAACCUAUUUAAAAAGUUGUUCUUGUAAAAGUGCUCUAUCAAAAAAGUGAAGGCAAAUGACCAAGUACAUUUUAGUAAAUUCUGUGUAUUGCAAACCGUGACAACAAUGCAUGCAGUUAUCUUUGGGUGCUCAGAGAUUCUUAGUGUCUGUUUGGUAAUUUUAAAUACGUCAACAACAUUCCACUGCAGCAGUACUGUUACAAAGUAGAAGAAGGCUUACAGAUAAGAAGUAUUGCAAGAAACAUGAUUUAGGAAUCAGGCCUCUGUUACAUAUUGUGUUCAGCAGUUACUAAAAUGUGUCAUUAUGCACUGAGAUGCACUUGAAAAAAACCUAAAGUUGGUUCCAGGUCUUGCUAAUGGAAGCAAAAUGUCCUCUGAGGACAUUACUUCAGUUCCAACAGCAUUUAGCUUUAUGCUUUAAUUAUUCACUUUUAGGUUGUUUUAUAUUUUGGAAAAAAAAAUCCCCAUGAGUAGUUUUUGCUAGUAUUCUGGUGUUAUUGUUUAUCAAGAUGAGAGUAAGUAAUUUGAUUAAAAAUUCACAUGUUUUUCAUGUCUAAAAUGUAAACUUCUUAAGUAAUAUUUGUAUAGUUAGCAUACUGUAGUAAAAGUGGUGGUGAUUAUGAAGUUAAAAAACUUCAAGAACAUUACUAAAAUAUAGUGGAAUACAGAUUCACAAGAACA